UUCGUUCAAUACGCGCGCGCGCGUUUGACGGCAUCACCCACCUCGUUCAAGCUGCGAACAGUGCCGCCACAGCUCUCGUAAGGGAUGCCCGUGAUUUGUGUUUUUUUUUCCUCCAUUCCCUCCGGCGUUAUUUCCCAACAAGUGUAAAAAUAGUUGAUUGCACCCGGCCAAUUGCUGAAAUAAAUCAUUGACCAGUUGAGGGGGACAAAUUUGACGAAAUAACGAGCACGAUGACGAUCUGGAAUAGCUAAUCCUCUGAAUGAUUUCAGUGUUGUGAGGGGCACAAAGUAAACACUGUAUUGUAUAAAAAAAAAAUUAAUCUACCGUUUAUCGUGAUUUACAGAUAAUUAAUCAUCAACUUAUUACUGUGAUUGGUGAUUGUCAGUGUGUGGUAAAAGGGGUGGGCUUGUUUGUGCUGCUGCUGUUGUGUGGCAGUUUUGCAGGUCGAUGUUGUCGGAAAGUGCGAAAGGUCACGGGGGUUACGUGGUGAUCUCUCAUUAUACGUUCACAGAGAGUAACCCGAGACAUCGUUAUCGGUAACCGUCACGAUUGACGUCUUAAUUGCUUUAGAAUUACGGUGGUAAUAGUAAUGAUGUCUUACGAAAGAUCAGACAGCUCGUAACAAGCCCUGAUUACAUCCACUGAUUGGUGGUGGCUCGGUUGAAACUCUUAACAGUGGAGAGGAAGAUGAGAGAGACAUUCAGGGAGUGUUGUGAUGUGGUGAAUAUACAGUUGAUGGUGUUGGCAGGGUCAGGGUGUCUCGGGGGCUCAUUCCCCUCUCAACAACUCAACCGAUCCUCGUAACCUUAUUCUCGGGGCUUUUCACAUCCGCAUACCCCUCCCUUUUUGCUAUUCCAUCUCUCUUGGUCUCUCGCACUUCCCGGGAUCUUAUCACUUCUAUUUUCUCAGCAUAUAUUCUCGGCUGUAUUCUUCUCACCCACUUGUAUUUUUCCACUUUCUUAUCUCUCGAGGGCCACUCUGAGACACCCAUUGGCAGUGACUGAACCGCAGCCUUUAUUCAUAUUUUGCUUUUCUUUGAUCCACAGUGAAUGUACCGUCACUCCUCCAGAAUGUGAUAAUUGAUUCUGUUGACGGGUAUCAUCAGACUAAUUUUGUUCCUAGAUGAUUGGUGAUGAUUUUUUUUGAAUGAGACUUACGAGGAGUUCAGUAGUGAUCAGAGAACAAUCUAACCAUUGAUAAGUUACCAAUAUUUGUAAAAAUCAUGAAACCAAACUAUGAUAAUAAUGCUCAUCCGAUGACUGUGACUAGAUAGCGCGAGCUGCUUCGUGAAUUACAAUAAAUCACUGCACCCGUAGUUGCUCCCCUCCUCUGAGUUUCCUUAGAAACGUAGCUAACAAAUGUGAAGAACAUUCCCCUUAUCGAAGGUGAACCAGCUGGCAACGGUAAAUUGGCGAUAAUGUAGUGUAGUGUGUUGCAUCGUCAAGAAUGCUGGUGUACUUUACCUCACGAACGUACACUAAAUACGAUGUCGUGAGUAAUGCGCGAUGAUUGAAGACAUCAACUCAACGACAAGUCAAUCGUCGCAUCCCGCGACGAAUUGGAGUUUAUUAAUCGCAGCUCAUAUGACUGAAUUGUUCAUCGGGCGGGCAACGAUGAACAUUGUUGUUGGUACAUCGAUGGUGAUGAUGAUGAUACGCAUAAGAAGUGGUGAAACAAGCCAAUGACAUCCCGACGAGCCGGGGGCGAGGGGUCAAAGGCACCUCCGAGUCCCUCGAGCAGUGGGUCAGAGGACAAUGGCUUCGUAAAUCGUCCUCGUGUCGCCGGUCUCUACCUCAAUAAUCUAAAUCUUGAUGAUUCAACCAGAUCCGAUGAGCCUGGUACAAGUACGAAGUUGAGCACUGCCGAUGUUAUAUUAUCAUCGUCUUCCUCAUCAUCAUCAUUCUCAACUUCAUCACCACUGUCAACACCACCAUCAUCAGCAGCAGCACUGUCGUCAUCGAGAUUGGCGGAUACAUCGAGGAGAAUAAGAUCUAUAGGACGUGGUAGACGUAGAUGUUGGGAGGUGGGUGGUGAUAUCAGGGAGGAGGACAGGGAUACAAGGAGUAGGAUGGAUGACGAAUCAACCAGACACUCGGACGACUCGUCGAGAUUAUCUCCAUUAUCACCAAGUGGUUACGAGGUCUUUGAUCAGGAUGACAGUUCAGAGAGGACUAUUAGACAGUUUCCUAAUGAGGAUUCGGAGCCUGAUAUUGCUUUGGAUGGUGAUGCUGGUGAUAGAGUGAGUGGGAGGCGCAAUAUGGGCGAGUCGCCAAGUAUUUCGGCAAUGUUUCCACGGUGUAAUCCACGAUCUCAGGAUGACAAUAAUGAUGAUGACGGUGGUGAUCUUCCAAGGGGGAUUAAUGAUGGUAAUGGAAAAGAACAGGACAGGGAGACUGAUGAGGAUAUGCACAAAGUCAAGAUGCGCUUUCGAUCACAGGACAGCACACGUCUCAGGCCACCCCUUGUUGGCACUGCUGGUACUUCAGCUGAUUCAGGAACUGGUGAUUCAGCCAGCGCUGAAAUACAGCCUGAUACACUUGGUACACCUUUACAAGCACUGUCCGAUGAUAUUCUUGAAAACAAAAGUGCCGAUCCUACGACACCGGAUAAUAAUGUUGGUACUGGUAAUGUGAUCAGUGGUCAAGGGAGUGCCAGUGGGUAUGCGACAACUAAAAAUAGCAAGCACAGUGUUAAACCGUUUACGAAGGAGAGCCUUGAUAGACUCGAGAACAGAACUAUUCAGCUUGUCAGGGACUAUGGUUUUCAACCUAGGCGAAAAACAUCUGUUGAGGAUGGCGCUAUACUUCCACACAAGUUUGAGCCAUUUCCGUCCAAUCUGUAUGGAAGACCACUCGAGGAGAUUGAUAACUUUAUCUAUGACGAAACAUUCUGCGUAGUGUCAAAAAGAUUUCGAAAGAACUACAUCCACAGAUUUACCGCCACCAACAGUUGGUUCAUAUUUUCACCCUGGAAUCCCGUCAGAAGGUGUUGCAUCUUCCUGAGUACAAAUCAAUUCUUUGAUUACAUGGUCAUGAUGACCAUUGCGCUAAACUGUGUCUUCCUCGGCAUGACCGAGCCCAUAGAAGAAGCCGAAUAUAUCUUCCUAGCAAUUUACACAGCGGAGAUGGUGAUAAAGUCUAUAGCUAAAGGCUUUAUACUGAACAAGUACACAUACCUUCGAAAUCCAUGGAAUUGGCUGGAUUUCGUCGUGAUAACGAGCGGUUACGCGACCAUUGGAAUGGAGGUCGGCAAUCUGGCGGGUUUGAGAACAUUCAGGGUACUCAGGGCGCUCAAGACCGUCUCCAUUAUGCCGGGCCUCAAGACCAUCAUCAACGCCCUCCUACACAGCUUCAAACAACUCGCCGAAGUCAUGACUCUGACUAUAUUCUGCCUGAUGGUCUUCGCUCUUUUCGCUCUUCAAGUGUAUAUGGGAGAACUGAGGAAUAAGUGUGUUAAGCAACAAGAGCCUAAUGGGACACAGGUCGACUGGAGGGAGUGGACUUGGAAUUCAUCCAAUUGGGCCUUCGACGAAGACGAACAUCCGAUCAUAUGUGGAAAUGUCACUGGUGCCAGACACUGCAAUGAGAGCUACACGUGCCUUUGCGUAGGCCCAAAUCCAAAUCACGGCUACACGAACUUUGACAAUUUUCUGUGGUCAAUGCUCACCACCUUUCAGCUGAUUACCCUGGAUUACUGGGAGGAUGUCUACAACAAGGUGUUGUCAGCGUGUGGGCCUAUCAGCGUUACGUUCUUCACGGUGGUGGUGUUCUUUGGAUCGUUCUAUCUCAUCAAUCUGAUGCUCGCUGUUGUGGCAUUGAGCUACGAGGAAGAGGCUGAGAUUACAAACGAGGAACGAAAAAAAGAUCUGACUGAUCACCGCGAAGACUCGACGUUUAGCUUUGACCCCACGAAAAUCAACAUCAAGACGUUAACGAAGGAGAAGCAGAAAAAAAUUGAUGCGAGAAAGGGGGUUCUGCUCAGCAGUUAUACGAGAAAGAAAACGAGAAGAAGAAAACGAGGAAGAAGCACAGCUGGACAGGAGAAGAAUGGUGGUGCCAGGAGCAGGUCGGUGACACCGAGUCCAAGUCCAAGCCCGAGGCAUUCAAAUGCUCGGCCUUCGAAUCUUCCCCUCCAAGUUGCUCCAAAACCACCAGAUCCAAUCCAUCGACUUGCCCCCCAUCGAAACAUGCUGCACUCGAGGCAAGCAAGCAACAACAGCAAUCAACAGUCAUCACUAGAUGAUUCCGGGGUUGUUGAUGAUCAUGACGGGGAUGAUGUUACAUCCGCCGAGGAACAUGAGAGACGUGAGCACAGGGUGGAGAGAACAGAACGCCUACAGACACAACAAGUAACUGGAAUUGCUGAGCGCACUCUACCACCCCUAGCACCAGUUACUGUGUCGGUUAGGAGUAGAAGUAGGGAGAUCAGGGUACUCAAAUGCAAUGGAGUUAAAACAAAAAAGCAGUUAUAUACUUUACCACCCGAGUAUCUUUCACACAUUGUUGUUCUUGAUGAUCUCCCGGACCGAAACUGCGACAAAUGCAUCCAAUGUUGCGUGGACUACGAGGGCUGGCUUCGCUUCCAAAACUGUCUUUACAAGGUGGUUCGAGACCCUUUAUUCGAGCUGACGAUCACCCUCUGCAUCGUCCUGAACACCGGCUUCCUCGCUCUGGAGCAUCACGGAAUGUCAGAAUCUGUCCGCCAAGCCCUGAACAUCGGCAACAAAGUCUUCACCAGCAUCUUCACCUUCGAGUGCUUCCUGAAGCUCCUCGCACUCAGCAAAGACUUCUUCAAAAAUGGCUGGAACAACUUCGAUCUGAUUAUCGUCUCUGCCUCCCUGAUCGACCUUGCCUUCGAGCUCGUCGACGGACUCUCAGUCCUCCGAGGCUUACGUCUUCUACGUGUCCUCAAACUCGCCCAAUCUUGGACAACCAUGAAAGUCCUUCUCAGCAUCAUCAUCUCCAGUAUCGAAGCAUUGGGAAAUCUUACCCUCGUGCUCGUGAUUGUCAUCUACAUCUUUGCCGUGAUCGGCAUGCAACUCUUCAGCAAAGAUUACACUGCUGAGAAAUUUUUUCCAGACCCAGUCCCUCGUUGGAACUUCAAUGAUUUCUUCCACUCUUUCAUGAUGAUAUUCCGAAUUCUCUGUGGUGAGUGGAUCGAGCCCCUGUGGGACUGCAUGAGAGCCGAAAAGUACGAAGGGCCUGAAACGUGCUUCGCAAUAUUCCUACCAGCCCUGGUAAUGGGUAAUUUUAUGGUGCUCAAUCUCUUCUUGGCCUUGUUGCUCAACAGCUUCAACUCAGAAGAGCUCAAGCAGAAGAAGCAAGAAGUUGGAGAGGACUCAAAACUAGCCAAAUCGUUUGAUCGAAUAAGAUCAAUAGUUCGUAAGAAGAGAUACAGAAAGGAGAAUUCUGAGAAUAAAAAAAAUAUGAGACUUGAGCAGAUUGUCAGGGAGGUGAUGGACAAGUCUGACAAGGAAAAAUAUGCGAUACAGGAGACAGUCCUGACUCUACCAAAGGAGAACAUCUACAAUCGAUCGUACCAGGAGAGUCUGAAUCAGCCGGUAUUCACCUAUGAACCAAUUUAUCGACAGGCCACCGUCACGACCUACAGUCAGAGUAGUCAGGAGACUGUUAGAAGAUUGGAUGACACAAAGGCGGACAGUUGUGAGACCAAUGCUGAUGAGAACAUCGAGAUGGAGGUGCUCAAGGAGCAGACGAUCAUGUUGCCUGAGGUGACGGAGAAGCAGCCAGUCCUUCAGGAAAUAAAGGCACCUCAGAAGAAGGAGAACACUCGGUUAGAUAAGAGACCCUGGCACGCGCUGGUCAGCUAUGUCGAUGAGCUGACGGUUGGGGGUAGAAGGGACAGCAAGGGAAGGUAUAUCGAUGGCUUGGGAUCUUUCCCUGGUUUUGGCAGAAAUAAACGUGAUAAAGUACCUCAGGACUGUUUUCCACAGCACUGCUAUCAAAAAUGCAGCUGUAUAAAUCAAUGUAUCGCAACUGAUCUGGGUAGAAAAUGGAUAAAAGUACGAACUGCUGUACUCUCAGUCGUCGAUACACCAGCAUUUGAGUGGAUGAUUCUCGUAUUUAUAUUUUCAUCAUCCGUAACACUUUGUUUUGAGGAUAUUUAUCUCGAUGACAAUCCAUUUCUCAAGAAUAUAUUGUACUGGACGAAUCUCGCAUUCUGCGCAUUAUUCAGCGUCGAGAUGCUGCUCAAGUGGCUUGCCCUUGGAUUUUGUAAAUACUUCACCAGUUUCUGGACAAUUCUGGAUUUUAUAAUUGUUUUCGUAUCCAUGUUUAGCCUUUUGAUAGAAGAAAAUGAAAACCUCAAAGUGCUGAGAUCGUUGAGAACUCUUCGAGCCCUGAGACCACUCAGGGCAAUCUCAAGAUGGCAAGGCAUGAGGAUUGUAGUGAACGCGUUGAUGUACGCAAUACCCAGUAUUUUCAACGUGCUCCUCGUUUGUCUCGUGUUCUGGCUGAUAUUUUCCAUAAUGGGAGUUCAAUUCUUCGGUGGAAAAUUUUUCAAAUGUUUGGAUGAGUACGGCGAGCUUGUAGAUAUUUCGAUAGUGAACACAAGAAACGAUUGCCUGACGAAAAAUUACACAUGGGAGAAUAGCAAGAUAACUUUCGAUCACGUUGGUAUCGCUUAUUUGGCACUAUUCCAAGUUGCUACCUUCGAGGGUUGGAUGGAAGUCAUGGAGGACGCUGUGGAUGCUAGGGGCGUUGAUCUUCAACCCCAGAGAGAAGCCAAUUUGUGGGCCUACAUAUAUUUCGUUAUAUUUAUCGUCUGUGGUUCCUUCUUCACGCUCAAUCUGUUCAUUGGAGUUAUCAUUGAUAACUUUAAUAUGUUGAAGAAAAAGUACGAGGGUGGCGUGUUAGAAAUGUUUCUGACCGAGAGUCAGAAGCACUACUACACAGCCAUGAAAAAGCUCGGUCGUAAAAAACCACAAAAAGUCAUAAAACGUCCGCUGAAUCAAUUCCUAGCCAUGUUCUACGACUUGUCCAACUCGAGAAGAUUUGAAAUAGCAAUAUUCGUCCUGAUAUUUUUGAACAUGCUGACAAUGGGAAUCGAGCACUACAACCAGCCACACCCUAUAUUCUUCCUACUGGAAGUAUCCAAUGCAUUUUUUACAACAGUAUUCGGCCUCGAGGCAAUAGUGAAGAUAAUUGGUCUGCGCUAUCACUACUUCACCGUACCCUGGAAUCUAUUUGAUUUUCUUCUUGUUCUUGCAUCGAUACUUGGAAUACUCAUGGAAGACAUUAUGAUUGAUUUUCCCGUGUCCCCGACGCUCCUGCGAGUCGUGAGGGUGUUCAGAAUUGGACGUAUACUGAGACUUAUCAAAGCAGCCAAGGGAAUAAGAAAACUAUUGUUCGCACUUGUUGUCAGUUUGCCGGCUCUCUUCAACAUAGGGGCACUGCUCGCCCUUAUCACGUUCAUUUACGCCAUCAUUGGCAUGUCGGUUUUUGGACAUGUGAGGAAACAGGGUGCACUCGAUGACAUGGUGAAUUUUGAGACCUUUGGUCGGAGCAUGCAGCUGUUGUUUCGCUUGAUGACGUCGGCAGGGUGGAAUGACGUCCUGGAGUCUCUAAUGGUUCAACCGCCGGACUGCGAUCCCACCCCCACCAGCCGGCAGUUGAACGGAGACUGCGGAUAUCCUCUCCUAGCCAUUACAUACUUUACGUCUUUUAUAAUCAUCAGCUACAUGAUUGUUAUCAACAUGUACAUCGCUAUUAUCCUGGAAAAUUUCAACCAGGCGCACCAAGAAGAAGAGAUCGGUAUUGUUGAGGAUGACUUGGAGAUGUUCUACAUAAGAUGGUCCAAAUACGAUCCUCAUGCUACACAAUUCAUACGUUUCUCCCAACUGAGUGAUUUCAUCGCAAGCCUAGACCCACCUCUGGGAAUAUCAAAGCCCAAUGUUGUUGCAUUGGUCAGCUUUAAUCUUCCUAUAGCCAAGGGCAACAAAAUACAUUGUCUGGACAUCCUUCACGCUCUCGUCAAGCACGUACUCGGACACGUUGAGGAGUCGGAGGAUUUUCGUAAAUUGCAGGAACAGAUGGAUGGAAAAUUCAAAAAACAAUUUCCAACGAGAAAGGAAUUGGAAAUUGUUUCAUCUACGAGACUAUGGAAGAGGCAGGACAAGGCUGCCAGGCUCAUACAGCGCACAUACCGUGAAUAUAUAGCAAUGAAGAAGGAACGAGAGAGAAUAGCGCACGAGGUGGAUUCCCAGACCCAAACAUCGAGCCCGGGUGGCGUGGGGAGCGAAGGCAGAGGCGGUGGGUGGGGUGGUAAGCUGUCGGCCCUUCUCCACGUACAUCGGGGCAGUCGGGCCAGUAGCCGCAAGUCCUCCAGGGCCAGCGACGCCAGCGAUCUCAGCGAGUUAGGAACCGCGUCAGCAUGGCUUUUUCCGAAUCUUCCACUCUUGCUGCUCUCCGGCGCCACAGGUACUCAUGAGGACCUGCAGCCCCCCGCCUUAACCGUAUCCCGUCCCUCGCCAACCAUGGAACAACCCUCGGCCAUGUCUGCCACCUCCAGCUCAGGCUCGGACUCUCAUGCCACUGUCAGAUCGUCGGGAGCGACGCUGGGGCGUCAGGACGCUGUGGAGUCCUACGCAGAUGAAGAUGCCCUGAGUCCCCCGACUUCGCAACGCGGCUCAAUGAGGCCCAGUGGUACUGCUCUCUCCCUUAACAUUCUUCAACGCGACAUCAAAGACGCAUUCACGAGGAGGUGCAGUAGUCUGAGACGAAGAUCAGCAGUUCCAAGCCCUCUGGCCAGUGAGCCGGCUCCUCUGAGGAUACCUGAGCGCACUGACGUCAGUAUCCUAGUGACGGAACCGAGUCCUGAGAAUACGAUACCCUCGGGCCGACCUCCCUUACUCAGACAGCAAUCCGAGGCAACUGUUGUUCACGUUCUUGUUCAUCGCGAGAGCGAGGAGUACCAGGAAGCACCUGAUGACAGCUGAUCGUAGCGUCCUCAAGGACAUUACUGUCAGGGAGUUAUUUUCAUCAUCUAUGAGGAAUUUUCUCGAUUCUCUGCUUUGUUAAUUGAUGGAAGAAAAAUCUUGUUUUGUUAUCCAGUGCGACAUUUAACGUACAUUUUGAAUUGUUUUACUAUUGUUAAUAAUUUCUUUUUAAUAAAUUUAUUUUUUUUCGUAUGAGUUUUAUCUUUUUUUUUGCUUUUGUUAUUUUCAUGAGUUCGCGAAAGAGACGUAGAAUCUUCUACACAUGCGUAACAUGCCCAGUAAGAUGCGCAGUAACUGCAGGAGCGAAUCCACUCCAUCUGGACGUUUUCCAUAUGGAAAAAAUAUGAAUAUAUAUUUAUGAUAUUUUUAUGAGAUUUUAUGCCAAAUGGGCCACCUGGAUUUUUUGGUUUUGUAUUUUUUAAAAGAAAAAUCCCUCCGAACGCAGCCCAAGGUUUUUUAUUGGCGUCUGAGAUGUGUUCAGAGGACCCAAGUUUUUUUAGGAUUAAUGUAGAGCUGUGGUGGAUAAUUUCAUAUGGAGUACCACAUAUUCCAUUGUUUUUCAUUUAUACGGGUCAUGUGGACGAGGGAAACAAGAAAUUUAUCAGAAAAGUUAACGUGCAAAAUUGAAACGAUAUUUUUCUUCCAUCCCAAAAGUAGCAAAAAAAAUGCGUUAAUUGCCCUUCAUCUUAUCAAGACGCUUCCGAGUCUUCCGCCAAUUUUACAAUCUCUUAUCCCUUUAUUUCAUUUUUCAAAUAAUCAAUCAGCGAGAAUACUCCAGAAAAGCAUCCUAAUUUUUUCAUAUAAAACUAGAUGAGAGCCUGAUAAACGUUACUGCCUCGUAGAGUGAAAGCACAGGAGCAUCAAGAAGAUGGCCCGUAAUUCCGAGGGAAUAACCAGUAAAUCCUAAAAGUGAUUAAAUAAAAAAUGCCAUAAAGUUUCUAUCGCCUCCAACGGAACAAAUAAAAUCCAAACGAAUGAAUUAAAAUAAAAUGAUUUACUGGAAUCAUUUCCUCAGAACCACGGGAUAUCUUCUAAUGAUGCCCAAAUCCAUUAGAAUUUAAUAAACAAAUUUGAAAAAAAAACAACCGAAUGCUUGAUUUGAUUGAAGUUAAUCAUAGAAUGACGCAUUUGCAUAGAAAACAAAAGCGGAUUUAGAGAAUUUGAAUUUAUUGUUAUUGAAUUAACGCAGUUAAGUAGGUGUAGGCACGUUUAGGAGGGGCGGGAGGACUAUUAAAUUCAUGGUAUUGUUAGCCCAUUGAUGAUAACGAGUCCCUAUCAAAAUUAUUUAAAUAACCAAACCCAGUGAAAUUUCCAAAAUUAAUUUCAUUUUUUAAAAUAAAGUUUAUUCCAGGAGAUUAAAAAUAUUUAUGUUCUUUGAUUUUUUUCUAUCUCAUUCUAAAAUACUGCGAAGUCUCAUUCUAUAGCAAUAGAAUUUUGUCCCUAAAUUCAUUUUCAAAAUAUUUUUUAGUUGUCCUCAAGUUAGUGAUGAAUAAAUAAUUUUUAGCCGAAAAACGUGACAUUUUUUCCUGCGAUAUUUUGAUGUCAUCAAUGAUCUGACGAUACCCACCACGUGUAUUAUAAAAUAUAAGUCAAUUAAUGAUAUCUGUUACAUGGAAAAGCUAGUUGAAUAUCUGUAAUAAAUGGAAAAAGAUCAUCAUUAGCAUUAACAUUUGGAGGUGAAAAAUGUUUCAACGGAAUGAUAAUUAAAUGAAACUAGAAACAAUCAUAUACAAGGGUGCCUUAAUAGCACCCACACUCUAAUACUGUAGAUAAUGAUUCUCUCGAGUCCCGAUUGAUUUUCCGAUUCAUCACAUUAUUACCACCGAUAUUUCAUUAUAAAUAAGUAUAAAUAAAUUUAAAAUGACAUUCAUCAGACUCGAUGGAGGAAAUUCGAUGCAAAAUUAAUGCGCUGAUUACUAUUGUUUAGACAAUUAUUGGAGAAAAUGGAAGAUAAUUGCAUCAAUUAUUUAUUCAAUCGAUUAUAUUAUAAACAUCAAGAUGCUUGAAGAUAAAAAACGUUGAUAAACAACAAAAAAACCUAUUGCUUCGUUUUAUUCGCAUUUUAAAGCUCAUCUACAAAUUUCAUAAAUAAUUAAUAUCUACGAAUUGACUAUACUUCAGAUAAUUGGAAUGAAAUUAUUACAUUAACAAUUAUUACGAGAAUGCCAGAAUUUUUUACGACUGUUUGAAUAUAAUGAAAAAUGUAUCGAAGCAAAUAUAAUUAAUGGAAAAGAAUAACAAUUAAUGCGCAAUUAAAUCUACAAAAAUAUGAGCUUUUGAAUGAAUUACUAGGUGCGUACGAACAAGUCACAUUUUGUAAAUAAUAUUAACGUGUAUGCUAUACAUAAUAUAGUAGACAGGAAAAAAAAAACAAACGUGAGAAAAAACUUUGAAACAGGGGAUUAUAAAAUAGAUUUAACUACUCUGAGUAUAGCAUAUCAACGAAGAAUAAUAGAGAAUAAUAAUAAAAGUGCAAAUAUAGCCCCUAGACUAUUCACGAAAUUAUUAUUGUGCACUGAACAUUUUUUGCAAUGAUUUAAAAUACACAGGCGAUAUUGGGAGAAUUUUAAAAUACACAGAGGCACAAAAAUUUGUUAUGAAUUUAUUCGUCAUUAAGUAAUUUAUGCGAUAAAUAGUAAAAAAUUAUCUUUUUCUCGAAUUAUUAGCAUGAGAAAAAUGUUAGUUGCUUGCGAUUUUCCGAAAUUUUGGGGGAGGUGAAUGACUAAUGUCAUGUGUUUCGGGAUUUUCCAGUAAUUAGUGACGAUCAAGCGUGGAAUAUUGAUGAAAAUUAUGAUAAACGGUGACCGGGGUGGUCGAGGGGACUUAUUUUAUUAUCGAGAGACUGCGAAUUAUUUUACUAGAGAGUCUCAAAAAUUAAUAACUUCCAUACUUCCAUAAUUGAAUCAUUAACGAAUUUUGGGGGAACGAAAAUGGGGGAAAUGUUAAUGGAUAAUCAUGUUGUUCAUUAUAUCAAAGCAUCGUGUCAUUUUUUUCGCGAUCGACUCAGGUUGGAGAGUUAUUUUUCAUUUUCACUCACUGAUUUUUUUGCAAUGCCGGAAACAAGAGCCUUGACCUUCAACGUUUUUCUUUCUGAUCUUUGCCAAAAAAAUCGGCGUUUCAUCAGCACUAAAAAAUCAGCGCCCGGUGUGUUUUAUGCUUGUUCCGUCAAGGGGACUAUUUAUUAAUUAAUUUCCGCACCUGCAAUCGAAACCUGAGAUAAUUCUUUAGAAUUUUUUUUUUCUCGUAAAAUAAAUCGACGAGGAGGAGACAUUUUUUAUUUUCAUAAUUUUCAUUCAUCGAAAAAAUGUAAUAAAUAGUCCUCUCUAUGGGUGUUAAAAAUUAUGAAUCGUCAUUGACAAUAUUAAUCGCUCGAACUGUAAAAUAAAGUAAUAUUAAGACCAAUGUAUCGGGUGGCUCCGCGAAUAAACCGAGUGACUCACCAACAAAGUCAGCAAAAUCGAAAAAAAAAAUUUGACUCAAAAAAUUAAUUUAAAUAAAUGGACAAUCGGAUUGCUACGUAACCACCUCGUACAUCGCGAUCUACAAUCAAUGGCCUAUGUAAAACGUUAAUAUGAAGUGGCAUUAAUUAAUGUCUUCAGUAAAACAGUUAAUAAUGCAGAAAAAAAAACAUUAAAUAAAUUUAACUAGACGUUUAAUGUUUUCAUAUUGUUCCACGGUUGAGCAUAAAUUCACACUGUGGAAUGAGUAAUUUAAAUGACAAAUAGACAAAACGUAUUGCGCCCACCACUCAAUUGAAACAAACAAAAAUGGGGAGAACAAGAUAGAAGAAAAAAUGGAACAAAAAAAAACUGCAAAAAAGAGAUUUUUAUUUUAACCGUUAAUAAAUGAGAAACGGGACUCAAGUUUUCGUGAUAAUAUUGAACAUAUACUUACGGUUAACUAAUAAAUAAGCGUAUGAGUUUUAGUAUGAGAAAUAAUCGAGCGAGAGAAAAAAAAAAUCGAAUAAAAUCUUGAAUUUUAUUAAUCAACAAAAAAUUAAUUAACGCGACGCUGUGGAUUGUUGCUUUCGACACUAGCUCCUCCUCUCAAUUACUCAUUAUCCCUUUACUUAUACCUUAGAGAAUAUAGAGAUGAAAAUUGAUUAAUGCUGAGACAAUUUUUGAAAAUUUUUGGACUAUUAUUCAUCUAUAAAAUAAACUAAUGGUAAUUCAUGAAUGUCGAACGCACUGUGUGCUCGAUCGCGCUAUCCACAACUGUCAAGAAUGUCUAUUGUAUCUCUAGGGGCAUGAUAAAAACCUGAUGAAAAUUAUGUAAAAUAGUGAACUGAGACAAGUCCAAUGAUGUGACAGAAUAAAAUAAAUUAUAAUCAAA